CACAUCCGACAGGUGAGAUGACCAACCACCCGUCCCACUCCAACGGCAUGCAGAGCCUCCGGAAGGAACACCUGUACAAGGUGCUGGUGAUCGGGGACCUGGGCGUGGGGAAGACCUCCGUCAUCCGGCGCUACGUCCACCAGACCUACUCCAACAACUACCGGGCCACCAUCGGGGUGGACUUCGCUCUCAAAGUGCUCAACUGGGACUCCGAGACUGUCCGGCUCCAGCUGUGGGACAUUGCAGGUCAGGAACGGUUUGGGAACAUGACGCGAGUGUACUACCGUGAAGCCAUGGGAGCCUUCAUCGUGUUCGACGUGACACGGCCAACGACCUUUGAGGCCGUCGUCAAGUGGAAAGAGGACCUGGACUCAAAACUGAUGCUGGCAAACGGACAGAGCAUUGCCACCGUGCUGCUGGCCAACAAGUGCGACCAGGGCAGGGAGCUGACCAGCAACGGCAUCAAGAUGGACCAGUUCUGCAAGGACCACGGCUUUGUGGGUUGGUUCGAGACCUCUGCUAAGGACAAUCUCAACAUCAGCGAAGCUGCCAACUUCUUGGUCAAACACAUCAUGGCCACGGAGAAUGACAUCCUGAAAAGCGUGGUUCCAGACACCAUCUCCCCGCAGCUGGACUCCAGCAGGCAGAUGAGCUGCUCCGGCUGCCUCAAGUAGUUCAGUGCAGGCAGAAGAGAGAAUAAUGAACGACAAAGAAAGACGAUUUCACCACAUCGGAGAUUUCAAGGAAGCAGAACCUGAUACUGUUUGGUUUCUGUUUAAUAUUUUGCUUUAUUGCGCAACUGUGGAGUGAAUUAAACACUUCGAACUGAAGUCUCAUAGACUCAGAAAGCUGCACUUUUAUGUAACAGUGCAGUGGAGUGUGGGGACUUGAGAUACUGUGACUGUUCCAAUGUUGCCUUAUAAACAAAUAUAUUCUCCAGAUAAGUGUAUUAUCACUCGCUAUGCUGUUUAGCAUUAUUUAGUUUAUGGGCAAACAAGCAUUUUUAACACAAAAGCGGUCAGUCUUAAAGUUUUUAUAAUGAUACACUCAAAACUGUACAGACCAGACUUUCUUUAAGGUUUCUCUGCACAAGUCAUAAAAGCAAUAUUUGUCUUGAAUAUUAAAUCCCAGCUUGUGAAAUGAUGUGAAUUUUGCACAUACAUUUUUUUUAAUUGAUUUUAAAUUAUUUUCAGCAGGCUUGUCUCAGAGUGAAGUUAGACGUUAGUUGACGUUGCGUAGGUUAAAAUUCACACCACAACUGAUUACUGUGUUCAGCACUAAGAGUAACAUCUUUAUAUGCUUGAGGAAGCAGUUUCGGAGAAAUAUGGAGCUUCGACAAACAUCGUGGAGUUUGUCUAGUGUAACUAUUUUUCCAUGGCCAGUGGGCAGGUCUCUCUGAGCAGUUCAUGUUUCAGUGAACAGAGGAGACACGUCGCAGACAUUUAAGGGGUAGUUGUUGUUCUGUUUGAACUUUAGUUCGAUUAGUAUAUGGCUACAGUAUCUUAUUGAUUGGAUUACUGCUGUUAAUCUUGUGCGUUUUGCUUUCCUCUGUACCGACUGUCGGGUUGCAUACUAGACACGCUCAUUUGCCAAAACCUAAGCCUCAGUAUCCAUGGUAACAAGAGUCUUUUUUUAUAUGGUUAUCCUCUAACAUCUAUGUGAAGCUUUGUCUCAGCGUGCCAUGCAGACAGACGCGGUGCAUAUCCACAUAUAGAGAGAUUUCUCCCCGCUCGCUAUUCCUUUUCGCCUAAUCUUUCAUCUCUUCAUCUGCUUUGUCGUCUGUUAUUAUUUCCAGUUUUUUUUUUUUUUUAAAUACUUAACCUGCCUCUCUCCAUUUGCUUCUUUUCUGAUGUCUACGUACCGUGCACAGAAUGUUAUGUAAAAUGGUCUGUAUU